UAAACACCACAACCACCGCCUCAUUGUGCUCCAGCACACAUUCCCCCGAUUCCUCUCACUAGCCGCCAUCAUGUGUGGCAUUUUUGCCUGCCAUUGUCAUCCCGAUGUGCAGAAGUUCAAGUCUACCGCGUUGAAGAUGGGCAAGGCCGUCCGACAUCGGGGCCCUGACUGGAGUGGAAACUGGAUAGCAAACAACACCAUCCUCGUCCACGAGCGUCUCAGCAUCGUCGGUGUUGAUUCCGGUGCACAGCCUCUAGUCAACGACGACGAGACGGUAUCGCUCGCUGUCAAUGGCGAAAUCUACAACCACCGAAUCCUCCGCAAGGGCCUCAAGACCCCCUACAACUUCAAGACACAUUCGGAUUGCGAAGUCAUAAUCCCAUUGUAUCUUGAACAUGAUAUCGACGCGCCGAAAUACCUGGAUGGCAUGUUCGCCUGGGUCCUGCACGACAAGACUCAAGAUAGGGUGAUUGCGGCCCGAGAUCCUAUUGGAAUCACCUCGUUCUACAUGGGCAGAUCUAGCACGACCCCUGGAGCAGUUUACUUUGCCUCCGAGCUCAAGUGCCUACACCCCGUGUGUGACGAUAUCAUCUCCUUCCCCCCUGGACACGUAUACGACUCGAAGACGGACAAGUUGACGAGGUAUUACACGCCGAAAUGGUUGGUCGAGCCGAGCCACGUUCCAACAGCUCCAGUGGACUACAAGCUUUUGAGGACAACAUUCGAGAAAUCGGUACGGAAGCGAUUGAUGGCGGAAGUGCCGUAUGGAGUUCUCCUCUCUGGCGGUCUCGACUCCAGCUUGGUUGCCUCGAUUGCUCAACGUGAGACGCUUCGAUUAAACGCACUUGCGACGAAGCGAUCUACGAGCACCAACGGUACCAACGGCGAGUUGGAUGGCCACGCUGCUGGACAUCUGGUGGGUAUUGACGAUGGCGAUGAGCUAGCUACUGUCCAGGUCCUCCCUCAGCUUCACUCGUUCUCUAUCGGGCUCCCCAACGCGCCGGACGCGAUUGCUGCUAAGGAGGUUGCGGACUUCCUGGGCACAAAACACCACACCUUCACGUUCACUAUCGAAGACGGACUCAAUGCUCUUUCGGACGUCAUCUACCAUCUCGAAUCGUUCGAUGUCACUACCGUUCGAGCAUCCACCCCGAUGUUCCUCCUUAGCCGGAAAAUCAAGGCUCUAGGCGUGAAGAUGGUACUUAGCGGCGAAGGCAGCGACGAAAUCUUCGGCGGCUACCUCUACUUUGUAAACGCGCCAGACAAGAAAGCGUUCCACGAGGAGAAUGUAAGGAGAAUCAAGAACCUUCACCUGGCGGAUUGCCUCCGAGCCAACAAAUCUACCAUCGCCUGGGGCGUGGAAGCUCGCGUGCCGUUCUUAGACAAAGCCUUCCUAGAUGUGGCGAUGAACAUCGAUCCCGAAGACAAGCUCAUCAAGAAAGACCAAGGCCGCAUCGAGAAGUACAUUCUCCGAAAAGCCUUCGACACCACCGACGAGCCCGAGACGCAGCCGUAUCUUCCUGAUAAAAUCCUAUGGAGACAGAAGGAGCAGUUCAGUGACGGGGUCGGGUAUGGGUGGAUUGAUGCGCUGAAGGACAACGCUGAGCUGCAGGUCACGGAUGAGAUGAUGAAGAACCCGAAAAAGGAGUGGGGUGAUGAUAUCCCAGAUAGCAAGGAAGCGUACUGGUACCGAACAAUGUUCGACGAGCACUUCCCUGCCUACUGCGCCAAGACGGUCAUGCGCUGGACCCCGACCUGGUCGGACCAGACAGAUCCUAGCGGACGUGCAAUCGCCUUCCACGAGUCAGCCUACGAAACGAAGAAAUGAGAUUCUCAUAGCAUUCACGUCAUCGACUUUCGCUAGCGGGACUAUUUACGGUUCUCAAUCUGUGUUCAUCAGUGUGCUUGGUUGUCCUACAGGCGAAUAUCAAAC